UAAGGACAUAUAUGAGGGCUGAAAAUAUAUAGGAAGCAACAAGAAUUCUUGGUUAUAAUUACGUGAAGGCACUGAGGGUGACAGGUUGUCUACAAAGUCUAUCCGCAAUUCUGCACAGUUCUCAAAAGUUUUAUUCCACUCCAUACAUUUCAAUACACCAUCUCGGUGCCUAUCUUGCAGCUUUUUGGUAUGUUUUUCCAUUAAUCGAAUUCUGAGUAUUCAGACAGUGAUCUUAGUUUCUCUUGUAAUCCUGAGACAUCUACCUUACUCGUAGCGAUGAUCUUUGUUUUCCAUCUUGUUUCUUUACUAUCUUCCAUUUCUAACCUCUUAACCUGGUGAGUUCCACAAAAUCCUGCCUCAGAUUUAGAAAUAUUACUUCAAUUUGGUAAAUUCCGCAUAUACUUAAUUUAUGACACAGUCCAGCUUUAUAAGUAUCUACCAGGAUUAACACAGACUUCAUUGCAGCUUUUCAUCGUCCGAUCACUGUUGUUUACAUAACUAUCUAUAUUUGUUCUUAGAAUAUUGUGCUUCAAUGCCGAAUAUGAAUGGAAGACACAAAAACAUAUUUAAUCUGUCUAUAUAUCUCGCCUUCUUAAUUCCACAUAACAAUCGCCGGACACUUUUUAAGUUCUAAAAGCUGCAUAUGGUGUGCAAGUUUCGCGUUCUAUCUUUUAUAUGAGAUCGAUAUAUUGAUAAUUUGCCUAUAAACUGGACUUUUCAUAUACAAUUUUCACAUAAAGAUUGCCCUCCUCUGUUUAUGAUUUGCAUCCGAUUGUGGGAAAAUUAAAGAGAUGCUUAAUUCCACACAAACUCAAGGGUUGACUCGUUGAGCUUUAAUGACCAUUUAGAUGGCAGAAAAGGCAAAGGUCAUAACUGGCUCUAAAUUUCAAUCAAAGGAUGCAGUGAGUGAACCAUGCAAGUUGUCCUACAGUGCAGGAAUAUGAAUUCCUUUCAAUUUUCUGACUCUUUCUAACCGUCAGUCAUGGGAGAUUUUUUCACCAUUUUCUUGGAUUCUUUUCAGCAAGGAACAUAUAUAAGCUAAACAAUCAUGGGUAACUUAUUUUGCUGUGUACAAAUCAACCAAUCCACAGUUGCCGUCAAGGAAAGAUUUGGAAAGUAUAAUGAUGUACUCGAACCAGGAUGCCAUUGUGUCCCUUGGAUUUUAGGUAGUCGCCUAGCUGGCCGCAUCACACUUCGGUUGCAGCAGUUGGAUGUACGAUGUGAGACAAAGACAAAGGACAAUGUGUUCGUUACAGUCGUUGCAUCCAUUCAAUACCGUGUUAUGGCUGAUAAGGCAAGUGAUGCUUUCUACAAACUUAGCAAUCCAAAAACCCAACUCCAAGCCUAUGUAUUUGAUGUAAUCAGAGCAAGCGUUCCAAUGCUAAACUUAGAUGAUGUCUUUGAGCAAAAAAAUGAUAUUGCAAAAGCAGUUGAAGAUGAGCUUGAAAAGGCUAUGUCUGCGUAUGGGUAUCAGAUUGUCCAGACACUCAUUGUUGACAUAGAACCGGAUGAGCGCGUGAAGCGAUCCAUGAAUGAAAUUAAUGCCGCUGCAAGGUUGAGGGUAGCAACUAGCGAGAAAGGAGAAGCAGAGAAAAUCGUGCAGAUCAAACGAGCAGAGGGCGAGGCAGAAGCCAAAUAUCUCUCGGGAGUGGGAAUUGCCCGGCAGCGCCAGGCAAUUGUGGAUGGACUGAGAGAUAGCGUGCUCGGCUUCUCGGUCAAUGUGCCGGGGACCACUGCUAAGGAUGUGCUGGACAUGGUGCUUAUCACGCAGUACUUUGACACCAUGAAGGAAAUUGGAGCUAGCUCUAAAUCCUCAGCAGUGUUCAUUCCACAUGGACCAGGUAUGGUGCAUGAUGUCGCCUCGCAGAUUCGAGAUGGGCUGCUUCAGGCAUCCUCUCAUUAGGAACAAUCAAGUCUCAAUUAAAUGAUGCGCCGGGGGUUCUGAUGAAGGUUAUGUGGUGUAACUUAUGUAAGUGUGCUCUUCCCAGGACUGCUCACCCGUAGUUGGUUGGUUUUGAGCAUUUUUGUUUUCUUAUUUGCGUGACGCACAUAAAAAAAAGUUGUAAACUUGUAAUUUGAAGUUCUGCCAUGUCGGAACUGCUAUUUCGAUGUAUAUUAGAAGAUUAUGUCCCGCUACA